GCAAGGUUGUUCGCAUGCUAUCAGAGAAGCGGGCUAUGGGAUGCUUGCGACCCUAAACAUCGAGCUUGUCACAUAGGCGAGCCCUGCAUGGUUACUGGCGAGAAGUCUUGCGCCAGGAACCUCUACGUGGCCAAGUAUGAGCAUGCCAAUGGGACUUGCUCCUCUCGCGGGCCGGAUCAUUUGUUUUGUCCAACAAUAUCCGAGCUUGACCGACAAUACUUGUUCCCGGGUUGUCCGGCGUGCGUUAUUCUGACUGAAGCUAGGGGCCUUGUGCUCAUACACCGCCGGAUGCUUGAUGAGUGUGUGGAAAAAGAAAGGCUGUCUGGCGCGGACGUUGAUUGCAUCCAAACGAGCCUCUCUGGGUACAUGCGGGCCUACAACGUCAGGAGGAGAAUGCAUAUGGAGGAACUCCAAAGAGAAAGUCAGAUGAUACAUGACUUAGAGAUUGAUUAUGCCUCUGGUAAUGGGGAGGUUACGAAGGCCCAGAAACCCACGACGGGACGAAGGGGGUGGUGGAAGUCAGUUGUUGAGAGUGCCAUCAAGGCCGUCAUCCGCAUUUUGUCUUGA